GUUGACCUUUAAAAAAAACUGUAAAUCGCAUGACAAAAAAAAAAAUAGCUGGAAAGACAAAGCAGAUCUGAUGCAAUCCCACCAACUUCUGUGGCACUCGGAGUGCUAGUAAAUUUUCGACUAGAAAGCCCUAUUAACGUUUAGGUUUGGUUUUGAAGAGUUUUACACGCUUAAUCAAGGCUAUUAAGCAUAAGUUUUAAAAUUUUGUGGACUGAUAUUUUAUAAGAGUUAAGUCAGAUUAUUCACCGAAAACGCUCGAAGAACAUGUUUAUUUUAAUCAAAUUGUAAACAUUGAGCUGUCAUUGUUACUCUCCAAACAAGGUUUUCAAGCCGUUCUGGUUGAAAUUCACACAAAUUUGACAGAUGCCCCAUUUACUCAUUUCUAAGUAGGAACUGUUUUGACGAAAACUGAAUGAUGUGAAAUGAGGGUGUCGUUUUUCACUGCAUUUCCAGCUAUACCUGCUCCAUUUACCCUCUGUAGACAAAGUAAUUUUCAAAUUUGCCAAUUCAGCACAAAAAACACAAAACAAACAAACAUUUAGGUCUUCCAAAUGUUUUCCCACCUCACUCACGCUCGGUGCAAAACGGUCACCUUGAGUCAUCGACUGUCGAAGCGGGAGGGAAAAAACGAAACCAGAUCAACAAACAGUAAACAAAUUUAAGAACCACCCGAAAAAAAAACUGCGAGUCUGUAUAUUUUUCUUGGUUGUACCUCUAGCUUUCGCUCCACUCCACUCUGCCGCUAUCCAGAAUUUAACGGCAGUGCAGUCCCCCAAAAACUGGUGCAGUUGUUUACCCAACUGCGCAUCGGCACACCUGACCAUGGGCCACACACCCGGCGGUGGAGAGAGGCCAUGGAGUUGUUUUUUCUUUCCACCUCACAUAAGGUUUUUUUUCGAGAUUUUCUUUGAUUUGGUGGAAUGUAAACAAAGCUUGAAUGUUUGCAAUGUUUGAGAUUUGACGUUUAGAUGCACGCUAAAUUUUGCUUGACCAAGAUGCGCGUUUGGAGAUUUGUCAAAAGUCAAGGGUCGCUGCGUUGCAGCGCAGAUCUCCUGUCCCUAAUUUGACCGUAAUGAAGCGCCAUAACGCAGUCACGAUCGCGUUUACGUAAAACGUCAAAUCACUCACGAUUUGUUCACACAAAUCGGCGCCGAAUGGGCGUAACCUUUACACCGUCAUUAACGACGGUGCGUUACGCUACACGGUUAGUUUUUUUCUACGGUCUUCUUCACAACACUUUCGGAACUGUUAAAUUUUUGAUAGUUUUUUUCAUCUUCGUAGACCCGUUGCGCUCGUGUAUGAGCGCAUGUUGAUUAGACGGUGCGAGCCGUCAAAUCGUGAUUGCUCGAAUAGAUUGUAAAUAAUUAUUUUGGCACGGUGAAUCUUUUCAACCGCCGCUGCAAUUACCCGCAUUUUAUGGCACAUCUGAGCGGACCAACUGCUGCGUUAGAUAAUGCAGCAGCGCCUGAUGAGGGUUCAGUGGGACACUUAUCUAAUGCCCUGCGCCGCAGGGCCCGGGACAACGGACAAGAUUUCUCUACAACAGACUUUUUCCUUUUCCCCCCAAUUACUCAUCAAUCCAAGCAUGCCGGAUCGAACGCCACCUCCCGUGGCGUCGCCGAACUGUCAUUGUUUUCCAAGAUGGCCGCCCGUUUCGAUUUCAGGCCGCGUUACCUCACCGUCCUUUCGAAAAUUUUCACCCCCCGAAAAUCCUCCCACGCAAGCUCGCAGUGCAACCGUUUAAUUGAUAAAUCAAAAGAGAAAACAAAGCGCGACCUCUUGCGGCAAAGUCACACGAUGCCGCCGCGAUGACGAGAUCGAGAAAUGAAGAAGAUGAGUUCAUUAUGUAAAUUUUGCAAGCGCGAGAAAUCCCAGCGGGUUCCCACAACAAAGUUGCAGCAAUUGCAGCGCGCAGCGCUAUCUUGAGCAAGUCACGCAACUUUCGCUCUCAAGAGAACCCGCGCGGCGUGGCCUACUAUGGCUGUCAGUUUAGCAAAAAUGGCUGCGUGCAAGCGCGCAGCGCGCGCGUUGAACUCUUUUUGAGGUUAGAGACGAACCACUUUUAUGAUGUGCCAACGGGUCACGAUAACUAAUUGGCAAAUGGUCGGUUCGGGAAUUUAGCUUACCUGCACUGUAGGCAUGCAAAGGGGUCCGCUCAAGCGGAACCGAUCGCAGUUCUAAGGAUUUGAUCGAGUUAAUUACGGAGGGUUAAUAAAACCAACGGUCAGCGCUAGAACGGCAGUUUGUAGCGAUUCUAAACUGUAAGCGUUAACAUCGACGCGUGCUCCAAUCGGACGUGAUCAGAGUCGGAAGCCUCUAGAAGAAGCCUACUUCGUUGCAGGACGCAGCCAGUUUUGAGUGUGUUUGAGUUGCGUCCGUUGUAAAGCUCCCCGAAAGCAAAAACACUUCACAAAAUGGGCGGAAUCGUGUCGCGAGUUCUACGCGGAAACGCUGAACAACCCUGCGUCAAGUGCAAGCGGGAAUGCUGCGUCUGUCUGGACGCGAACCUGCAGCUGACCCAGCGCCGUGUCCGGCGACUGGAAGAUCGCGAACGGCGACGCAGCCGCGUUCAGCCGCUGGACGAGGAAGACACGGACGACGAGGGAAUGUUGACCGCGGAGGAGGACCUUCCUGGCUUUUCACGAUCCGGAACGAUCCGACGAACCCGAAGGCGUCUGCUGGUUCCUCCACCACCUCCUCCUCCUCCGAUGAUGAUGCCUCCAAUGCCACCGAUGGUGAUGAUGGUUCCGAUGCAACAGCAACCUCAGGAAAGUCAGCAACAACAACCACAACAACAGCAAAAUCAGCAACAACAACAACAGGCUCAGCAACAGCCACAACAACAACAACAGCAACAACAACAACAGCAACAGCCUCAACAACAACCUCAGAUGAUGAUGCCGAUGGUGAUGCCACCAAUGAUGCCUCCCCAAAUGAUCAUGGUCAUGCCGGCAAUGAUGCAACAACAACAGCCGCAAACACCGGAACCUGCCGCUGCCGCUGGAGGUAAUGGAAACGGAAACGGAGGUGGUAACGGAAAUGGAGGUGGUAACGGAAACGGAGGUGGUAACGGCAACGGAGGUGCUAACGGAAACGGAGGUGGUAACGGCAACGGAGGUGGUAACGGAAACGGAGGUGGUAACGGAAACGGAGAAGCUGCUGCAGCGGAACCUGCAGCCGCACCCGCAGCCCGGCCACAGCGUAGACAACCCGCUGCGCAACCGGAAGAGGAAGAACCAGAGGAGGAGGAGGAAGCUCCACGGCGUCCACGACGCCGACCAUCCCAACGUCGUGCUCCCCGUCGCCGAGCUCCAGCUCCAGAAUCUGAAGAAGACGAGGAGGAGGAGGAGGAGCAGGAGCCACCUAGACGACCCCGGCGACGUCCGUCGCAGCGAAACGGAAAUGGUCGCCGCAACGGUCGGCGCGAGGAGGAAGAGGAAGAACCGUCCGAAGAGGAGGAGGAGGAGGAGGAUUCCGGCUCACGGCGAGCUCCGCGUCGUCGGGGAUCUGAACGUCGCGAGAGACGCACUCGUCGCAACCGACGCCCGGAAACCGAAUCCGAGGAGGAGUCCGAGCUGGAGGAAGAGCGCCGUCGGAUCCGGGUGCGACGCACGCGCAAGGAAGUUCCAGAAGUGCGCAAAGAGGCUGGCGUCUGCCGGCAUGACUCCGUCCGGCGUCAGCAGCUGCACGUUCACCACGUACACAGUCAUCCGGAAGUGCCCCAGCAGCGAGAACAGCAACCUCCGGCCGCUCAUGGUCCGAACGUCCGUCGACUGGUCGCUUGUUACGAACUGAUGCGUUCCGACAUGAGCGAGUGUGACUCGCAGUCCAUGCAGAACCUCAUGAGUCGCGUUGACGACCAUCCGAUGCGGGAUUCGGGUCGUCGCUGCUAAAUUUCCAGACUCCCCGCUGUCGUCCAAGGUCGCCAUGUUCAACAACCGUGAGAA